CUUGUUAACCAUCACCACCCCCUCUCGAAGCAAAACAUACUGCUCCUUCCUCUCGAUCAGAAGAUCAUGGACGGCUUGAAUGUGAUGGCGAGGAGGGUCGAGAUUGAUCGGAGGGCGCCAUUCAAGUCCGUCAAAGAGGCGGUUUCGCUGUUCGGCGAGAAAGUCCUCGCUGGAGAGCUGGUUUGUACCGGCAAGCCCAAAGAGAUGCAGCAGAAUGGAGUCAAAGUCAACCGGCAUGCCCAUGGCCCCGACGGUGACGACAGCCUCACGGAAGAGCUGAGAGAGACGAAGCAGAGCCUCCAAAUGGCGAGAGAGGAAGGCCUGUCCAUGGCCAAGUCCCUCUCUUCCCUCCAGGAAGAGCUCGCUCGGACCAAGCGCGAGCUCCACCAUCUCAAGAAGCUGGAGCGCCACAGGGAUUCCGGCUCGAACUCGAAACAGAAGCACCCCGCCGAGGCUGCCGGCAGCGGCGGUGGCGACGACGAGAAAGAAGAUGUCAAGUUCGUGGAGAAGACGACCACGGAGUUCCAGAAGAAGCGGUACGUGACGUUCACGAACCCCGUGUCAGUGGCUCAUCACAUGGCGGCACCGCUGGCGACAGUCGACGAGGCAGUGCUGCGGAGGCAUCCCUCGCUGCGGACGAAGAAGAAGAAGGCGUUGAUUCCGCUGGGCCAGCUCAUCGGGGGGAUCUUCUCGAGGAAGAGAGGGAACAGAGCUGAAGCUACGACGUCGGCGCUACAUGCAUGAGGAUGUAGUUUAAUUUUAGUUGGAGAGUUUGGUCGAACAAUGGUGGAUCGAUCUCAUCUUGUCUUGAUUACCUUUCUUUUCCCUCAGUAUACUUGUCUGCAAAAUCGAAGAUGACAGAAAAUAAGCAUA